AUGGAAAAUGCAUAUGCAAAUUAUGCUCAUCGUGAUGCAAAUCUUCAACUUCAUAAACUUUCUGAUGAUGGUAUUAGAACACCACAGAUGAAAACAUCUCGUUAUGCAGAAUCUGGUUAUCUUUCUGCAACAUCAAAAUUAUCACCAAAUGGUUCACCUGCUGAAGCAAAUGAUUCACAACUAUCCUUUACAUCAUCCUCUAAUUCGUUGUAUUCAUCGAUGGAAGAAAAAUAUGAAGCAGAAAUUCGAAAAUUGAAUAGAGAAAUGCAAGCAUAUCGAAGUACGAUAACAAAAUUAACUGCAAAACAUGAUGGUUACAAUCAUGUCAUUCAACUUUUUGAAUCAAAAUUACAACUAAUGGCAAAACAUGUGGAAAAUUUGCAAAAUAAAUCACAACUUAAGAAGGAUGAAGUAUUAAAAUUACGGGCAGAAAUUGAGCAACUUCGUAUGAUGAGCAUUAAUGCUGGUGUUAACGUUACUGGUAGUAUUGCAACUAUCACACAACGUAAAAGUUUAUCACCACAAUCGCAAGAUGGUGCAGGUGAAUUACUAAGGCAUCCAUCACUGGAAAGUGUCACCAGUCAUCGAUCAUCAAUGAGUUCUUCCAGUAAAGGAAGUAAAACGGAUAAAAGUAGUUUGAAUAGUUUUGGAAAACAAGGCAAAAAAAGUUGGAUAAGAAAUUCAUUCUCAAAAUUCACUAAAAGCAAGAAAGCAAAAAGUUGUUCGGCAUCAGAUGCUGAACAUUCACCGAUGCAUACAUCCGGUUCACCAUCAAACCUGAAGCCAAUUUCGGGAAGUGUUAACAGGUUAGACGAACUAGAAACAGUACCGCAAGUGGUGGAACUUAAAAAACAGCUAGAAGAUAAGGAUUCAGCAUUGACUGACGUACGUUUGGAUGCACUUGAUAAAGCACGUGAGGUUGAUAUUCUCAAGGAAACGAUUAAUAGAUUGAAAAAUGAAAACAAAAUCCUGAAACAAAAUUAUACAAUGUUGGAAAGGCGAAUAAGAGCUGAAAGUCGAACCAGUUCACAACAAUCAUUACCAACUUUACCGGAUGAAGAUCCUGUUUAUGAAAUACCGGCAAAUAAUGAACGAUGUUUAACUGGAAGAGGAACAAAUUAUUUGAAAGUAACAGUAAGCGUCGAUUUUAGUGGUUUAUUACGACCACGAUCGUUAGCUGGUGAAGUAUCAAUUGGUUUUACAUCAUUACCAUCUUUAACUACCACUUGGGAAAAUUUUGAUGCUGAGCUUUUCAAACUUUUCGAUGAUUAUAUGGCAAAAAUUGAUGCAAAUCGAGCAUUAGAAUUAAAUAGCCAAGAAUCAAUAAUUGGAUAUGAAUUUGGUGAUUUUAUCCGAGAUAUAGAAACUAAUUCUGCACCAUCACCUAUACCAGCUGAUGUGCUUACACAUAAUCAUGAUAUUCGCAUCUAUUUAAGAGGUGUGACACAACGUAGUGUUGAUGGCCUUGUAAUGGAUUGUUUAUUUCCACGAUCAACUGUUGAGCUUUUACUGAAAGCAUUAUUGCAAAAUCGUCGUUUGGUAUUAUUUGGUGCUACCGGAAUUGGCAAAUCAAAUUUAGCUCGUUUAUUAGCUCGUUAUUUAUGCAUUAAAGUUGGUGGAACAUUACAGAAUACCAUUGUUGAUAUUAAAAUUGGUGAUGAUGAUAAUGAUCGUAAUAUGGCACAGGUGCAAAAACAGUUAGAAUCAUUGCUACGUUCAACGAAACCUGUAAUCAUUUUAUUGGAUAAUAUUCAACGACAUCGUAUUGCUUUUCUCAGUUCAUCAUUUAGUACCGUUGAUACAGCAUCGAAAGAAGGGCCAUAUGUAAUUUGUACCGUAAAUCGAGCAUCACAAUUACCUGAAUUAGAGGUUCAACAUAAUUUUCGAAUGUUUUUAUUGCCCAAUAAUAUGGAUGCAAUUCGUGGUUAUAUGGGACGAUUUUUGCGACGUCGUAUUUUAGAAAAAGAAUUUGGUGGUGAUGAACGAUCAUCACCGGAAAUAUUCCGGGUUGUUGAAUUCUUGCCAAGAGUUUUAUCAUCAGUAAAUUCCUUCAUUGAAAAAGCGAAUUCCCGGGAUGUAACGAUAGGACCACGUUUAUUCCUCCAAUGUCCAUUAAGUGUUGUAGAAUCACGCGAAUGGUUUAUCAAAUUAUGGAAUCAAAUGAUAAUCCCAUAUAUGAUUAAAGUAGCUAAAGAAGGUAUUAUUAUUGUAUAUUAA